CAAUAACGAAAAAAUCAUGGAGACCUAUGGUAAGGGAAGAGUCAAGACCAAGACCCACAAAAUCGAGACUUACGAGUACAACGAGGAGGAUAUGGACAUCGGAGAAAUGAAGGCCAAGAUGGAUGGCCAGGAGAAUCCUCAUGUGCAGCUGGAGUAUAGACCUCUGAAGACGUACGAGGUUGGCGACACCUAUGACGGCCAGUGGAAUAAAGUCACCGGCCUGAUGCAUGGCAAGGGCACUUAUACUUGGGCUAAUGGGCAAGAGUACGAGGGAGACUGGAAGAAUGAUAAACGACAUGGACACGGAACUGUAACUUUGCCAGACGGAGACUCUUAUGAAGGAGAAUGGAAGAAUGAUAAAAAACAUGGAAAAGGAAAGUACACUUGGGCUGAUGGAAAAGUGUAUGAAGGAGACUAUAAAGUAGGCAAAAAGAACGGCUUUGGGACACAUUGGUGGCCAGAUGGAGAAAAGUACGAGGGGUUCUGGGCAAAUGAUAAACUGAAUGGGAAGGGAACUUAUACUUGGCAGGACGGAAGAAAGUUUGUGGGAUUUUUCAAGGAUGGGAAACAACAUGGCAAAGGAGUCAAGUAUGAUGUCUAUGGAAAUAAGACUAUCCAAAACUGGGAAAACGGUGAGUUAUUAUAA